AUGCUGCCGCUUGUCCAUCCGCACCAGGCGGUGCAGAACCCCCACCAGCUGGGCGGCUUCGGUUCUUUUCAAGGUCAGCUCUCUCCGAACGAGUCGCUCCACCUCGCUCAACAGCGCCUUUCCGGCCUCUCUAAUCCCUACCAACCAGCAAGCGACAAUGCACGACGAGCAUUCCCGAUCCGCAGCUCAGGGGCCGCCCACCAUUCCACAUAUCACUUGGGCGAUUCGUUGGCCCUUGGUCAUGGCAAUGACAGCAACGAGCAUCAGUUGCGGCGAAAGACGCCGAACGGAACGAUAGAUGCAGGAUACGACGGCUCACCAGCGGGACUUGCUACCGGGCCGCCGCCAUUGAAACAGAUGGCAAUCGCCGCCUCGUCCAGAAUAUUCCCAACGGCCAUGACCCACCGAGAUACGCCCCUUGGCGGACCCGGCCAGCAAUCAUCCAUGGCAGCGAUGGGUUGGCCGCUACCGCAGCAGCAGCACGGUAACGGAAUGUUCCCCUCGAACCUAGGUCUUGCAGGUGCCGCAAACUCGACGAUAGAAGGGCAGUGGGCGCAGACGCAGAACAUCUCGUCCCCCGAUGCAGUUGCGUUUGACCAAGCCAUGUAUUUGCAUGCCCCUUCUCAGGGCCCUUACAACCAAGUGCCCAGAAUGCAGUCCGUCUUCGCUCCGAUGUAUCAAUAUUCGGCCGGACCGACCGCCUUCAAUCCCGCUGGAUUUACACCGCCGCCUGUUUGGAGAGAUAACAGCGCCUUCCAGUACUAUGCCCAGGUUCCUCUAUCAAACCUGGGCUUCAUCCCUGCCAAUGCUGCCUUUGACAAUGCCUACAUGCCCGUCCAAGGCGGCAUGGGCCAUGCCAUGACCAGCGGGGUAGGGGUUGCCUCUGGCUUCCCCUUCCAGAUGCCGAAUACGCAGAUGGACGGGCCGUUCUCUGUUCAGCAGCAGUCGCCGACGACUCCCCUGUCCCCACGGCGCCGACUUGAAUCAUUGUCCCUGCAGGCGACUCCGACCAUCAACUAUGAUCUGGCCUCGGGCAGUGUUUCAUCGCAAGCCCAUUUCAAAGAGCGGGCCCUGGCACAUGCUCACAAGACUUACGCUGAUCUACUGGUAUAUCUGAGCCAUACAAAGAAGAUCUAUCCGGGCAAGAACUUUGCCGGGCUACGACAUUCCUCCAAGAUGGUCGUCUUUCCCAGACCUCCAAAGCAGUUGAGCAUCGGCCUGAGUCCACGACAACCAAAGAUCUCACCGUCGUAUCCCCCAGGUUCUAUGCUGAACGCGGCUGCUCCCGGCCGUUAUGCACACUUGGGCCAAGGUUUAGCGGCUCAGAAUGGAUCAGGCACCCCGGCGGCUGCCGCCAUCAACUUCGACAAUCGACACUCGGGCGCUACAGUGGUGGCUCAGGUCAUUGGCAAUCCAGCUUUGCACAGGUAUCCAUACUCCAGCAAACCUUACCGAACUCAAUCUCUGGGUGACGUCUCUUCGCCCCUUCAGAACGCGAAAUUUUCGCUGGGUAUGCUCACUUCGCUGUGCACGCAAAGCGGCUGGAAGUGGAUCGACGGCAUGCUACUUGGUGGCUGUCUGCACUAUGGUCUGGAACACUACGAGGAGGCACUCGAGUGGUUUCGCCGCAUCAUUGGUCUCGAUCCGAGCCAUGUCGAAGCCAUAUCCAACAUUGCGGCCACGCUUUACUGCCUGAAUCGACAUGACGAGGCCGAACAACAAUGGGUGCAGGCCGUAAAGCUCCGUCCGAGCUAUCUCGAAGCUGUGGAGCACCUUGUUGGGCUUCUCUGUUCAAAUCAUCGGAAUUCCGAGGCAGUGGCCACCAUUACUUUUGUUCAGGACGCUCUGCGGAUGAACAGGCCCGAGCUGUCGCGUAAGCAUAGCGCAGAUACUGCCAGUGAGACCAGCUGCUCGACCGCAACUGUCCGCGACUCCACGCCUGACCGGUUUGCCCUGGACUCGGAUCUGGACGAUCAUGAGCGCCCCUUUCCGAGGAGGAACAGCGAUGCUAUGCUCCAGCCAGGUUUUGGCUCCAGUGGCUACGCAGUCCCGGGCAAUGAGAACGGCCGCAUGCUGCUCCUUGUCCACGCCAAGGGCAACAUGCUCUAUGCGCUGAAGGACAUUGAACAGGCUUCAGAAGCCUUUGAGGAGGCUGUCCUCAUCAGUGCAGGAAGGGACAUCCAACGUUUGGACCGACUAAUCCGAAGGAUCCAGUACGUGCUAUCGCCAAGGGAUCCCAACGCCUUGCCUUCGCGGUCGAACUCGUCGCAGCGAUCCUUAUCAAAUCCACUGCUUCUUCCGCCUGAAAAGGCCAAGCACACUGCUCAACUCGUUUUCGCAAACUAUGGCGGUCAGCUUCCAGGACUGCGGUAUGUGCCAGAAGGCAGCCAUCGAAAAUCAGCGGUCUCAACUACCAGCAAUUCACUACUAUCGCUUGCCAAGAUCUUCCAAGAUGCGCUUUCCAACGGCGGGUCACCUGGAGGUCUCCUCCGACAGCCUUCUGGAGUCGGCGAUAUUCUCGCGCUCUACUACCUCUCUCUGUCGUUGCAGGAAAGCCCGUCCACUGCUAAUAACGUCGGUAUCCUACUGGCAAGCGUGCAGCAACCUGCUGCACAGAAUAGCUCUUCUGUCGACACUCCCGUCUCGCAGACGAUUCCUGGCAUCGCUGCGGGCAGUGGGCUUGCUCUUGCCCUGGCAUAUUACAACUAUGGCCUGAAUCUCGAUUCGAAGCACGUUCAUCUGCACACGAACCUUGGCAGCCUUUUGAAAGACAUUGGCCAGCUCGACCUCGCGAUUCAGAUGUAUGAACGCGCGGUUGAAUGUGACGGAACGUUCGAUAUCGCCCUCACCAAUCUAGCCAACGCGGUCAAGGACCGAGGCCGAAUCCAGGAUGCGAUCUCGUACUACAGGCGCGCAGUUGCGUCCAAUCCAGAUUUUUCAGAGGCCGUAUGUGGGCUAUCCACGGCACUCAACUCGGUCUGUGACUGGAAAGGCCGCGGAGGCGUUUUGCUCCGUGGUGGAAAGUUUGACCGGUGGCAUGUCGACGACAGCGGUAUGCUCCAGGAUGUGAAGGUCAUCAAUCAUGGCAGCGGGCUCACCAAGAACGUGGUCGACAUUGUCAGCCGCCAGCUCAAGGAAUCAGCUACUUGGGGCUGUGGUCUCCUGCAAAACAACAUGAUUGAAAUGCUCGUCACUCAGCUCAAAGCCUCUGGGGCUUCCAAGACCGACGGACACGUCGACCUGGACGCGGCGCUUCGCAAAUGGGCCGGUCAAUCUUGGGAAGGCUCACGCUUGCUUCGCUUGCUUGAGAGAUCUGCACGAGCGGCCAUGCGAUUAUGGUAUCACGAUAAAUACAUCGUAGGUGCCGAGUCGCCUGCUGGCUACCCACGAGUGCGGCCACCAAGCGGCUUGACUGUGCCUUCAGCGCCAACAGUCCUGCCAUUCCAUACUUUUACCUGCCCGUUGACUGCCAAGGAUAUACGGAUGAUCUCUCAGCGCAAUGCUCUGAGGAUUUCUUGCUCGACACUUCGAUCUCCUUGGCUACCGAACAGCGUCUAUCCUCCGCCUCCGCCACCGAAGCCGUAUCUCAACAUUGGCUACGUCUCGUCAGACUUCAACAACCAUCCCCUGGCACAUCUUAUGCAAUCUGUCUUCGGCUUCCACAAUCGAGCCCGGGCCAAGGCGUUCUGUUACGCGACAACCGCGAGCGACAAAUCCGUCCACCGCCAGCAGAUUGAGCGCGAGGCACCUGUCUUCCGCGAUGUCAGUAACUGGGCCUCAGACAAGCUAAUCAAUCAAAUCGUCAAGGACGAGAUUCAUAUCCUCGUCAACCUGAAUGGUUACACCCGAGGUGCCCGAAACGAGAUAUUCGCUGCCCGGCCUGCGCCCAUCCAGAUGUCAUUCAUGGGUUUUGCUGGCACGCUUGGCGCCGAGUGGUGCGACUAUCUCCUGGCGGACUCGACAGCGGUCCCACCCUCUACUCUGAGGCCUCACCGGGACAAUGUCAGUCUCGACGACGUUUUUAAAGACGAGGCGGACGCCGAGACGGAGGAUUGGGUCUAUACAGAGAACAUUGUCUUCUGCAGAGAUACGUUCUUCUGUUGCGACCACGCUCAGUCUGCCGAUGCCGACGAGAGAAGCAUAACUUGGGAGAAUGAGCAACGCCGACGGUGGAAGAUGCGGAAGGAGCUGUUCCCGAAUCUGCCCGACAGUGCCAUCAUCCUUGGCAACUUCAAUCAGCUAUACAAGAUUGAUCCAACCACCUUCCGUACGUGGCUACGAAUCUUGUCCAGUGUUCCGCGAGCUGUCCUGUGGCUUCUUCGAUUUCCUGAGCUCGGCGAGAGCAAUCUCAAGAAGACGGCAGCGGCUUGGGCUGGCGAGGAUGUCGCCAAGCGCAUCAUUUUCACCGAUGUAGCGCCCAAACAACAGCACAUCUCGCGUGCUCGUGUUUGCGACCUGUUUCUCGACACUCCGGAGUGCAACGCGCAUACAACGGCUGCAGAUGUGCUGUGGUCGAGCACCCCUCUGCUAACGCUGCCGCGGUACGAGUACAAGAUGUGUUCGCGCAUGGCAGCAUCGAUCUUGAAGGGAGCGCUUCCCAAGAGCCCCGAGGGUGACCAGGCUGCCAAGGAGCUGAUAGCUCCGGACGAGAUCAAUUACGAACAACGCGCCGUCAAACUGGCUAACAGCCUUUCGUACCGCAUCACCAAGGAUGGGUACGGUGAGGGCUCGGGUCGCCUUGCGGAACUGCGCAAACUUUUGUGGAAGAGCAAAUGGAGUUGUGCGCUCUUUGAUACCAGACGAUGGGUGCGAGAUCUGGAGGAUGCCUAUGAUGAGGCGUGGCGACGAUGGGUCGCUGGCGAGCCGGGCGAUAUCUACCUGUAG